AUGAGGAGGUACAUUGCACCCUGUGGAUUUACGUUCUUUGCCAUCCUGGGAAUUAAACGUGGAAUUUGGAAGAAGUGGUUUGAAACCCAGAGAGUUGAAUGUACCUUCAAUGAUGUAAAAGAUAUUCAAGGCACAUCCUCUGACAUAACAACAUACCUGGGGACACCAUUGGAAGAGAUGAACAGAAUGCCAGUGUGUUACAAUGCUCUACCACCAUUAAAGCCUUCUGCUAACCACACCAUCACCGUACGGGUUGACAGGUUACAGGACAAUGUUGUGCCUGUGCCCCAUCCAUCUUCCUUUACAGAAACAUGGGACAGCAUACACGUGAAGAUGCCCUGCUCAAAAAACAAUAUAUAUCCAGUAGAUGACCAUGUGUGAGAAGUUGCGGGAUCAAAUUACCUUUUAAGUUUUUAAAAAGUAGUAUGUAUAAUAGUAAUUUUUGUUUUUUCUUUUAA